AUGACAGCAAUGUCAUCCGUCUCUCAAUCUCAAGCACCCCAACUCGAGUCUCCGAGGCCAAUGACUCCAUCCAGUCCAAUUAUCCAAGCGACUACCGCCUUUGAUCACCAGCCUGCGAAACUUGGCCGUCGACAUAAACUACUACAGGGUCUCCAACGCAUGUCCUCGUCCCCAUCACUGGUAAAGCUGGGCCGCACCCGUUCUACCGAGAAAGUGUACAAGUCAAGUCAGAAGGCCUCCAUCUCUUGCGUCUCUCUCAAUUCCCCUGCAUCUACCUAUUCUCUAUCCCCUCACGUAUCCUACGCAUUCUCCAAUGGCUUCUCAACCGCUCCAACCACACCCGGCACACCAGGCAGUCAACAAUCUUAUUUCGAGACGCAUUCAAGACUUCGACCCUUAGAUCCCAAUGAAAUCACCAGUGUCGCGCUCCCUGGGGAUGUUCGAUCCUCCAAACCUCUCUCUACCCCUCUACCUGAGAUCUCCGAGAAGCCCUUCCCCAGACGACCGAAUUUCAACUUCUGGCAGGAUAUGCCUCACGAGAUUCGAGUCCAUAUCCUAUCCUUCCUCUCCCCGAAAGAUAUCAUCAGAGUAUCUGCAGUCUCUCCAGAGUGGCAUGAUAUGUGUUUUGAUGGGCAGUUAUGGACUAGUCUCGAUUGCCAGACAUACUAUCAGCAAAUCACUUCGGAUGCGCUCAUCAAGAUUAUGCUCAAAGCUGGUGCUUUCGUCAAGAACCUCAAUUUGCGUGGCUGCGUUCAACUGAGAGACCAAUGGUUAAGUUUGGGUACUAGGAUGACGAAUCAAGAGUGCAGGAACCUCGAGAAUUUCAGUAUUGAAGGGUGUAAGAUUGAAAGAUCCUCCAUCCACUUUUUCCUACUACGAAAUCCCAGGCUCCUUCACAUUAGCAUGCCGAGCAUGCAGAAUGUGAAUAAUGCGACCAUGAAGAUCAUUGCAUGCCACUGCCCUCAACUUGAGCUGCUGAACAUUGACUGGUGCUCUCAAAUCGAUUCCAAAGGACUGAAGAGAGUGGUUCAAUCAUGUCCAAACUUACGAGAUCUCCGCGCUUCAGAGGUCAGAGGUCUAGACGACAAUGAUUUUAUGCUGGAACUCUUUCAACGGAAUACAUUGGAAAGGUUGAUUCUGCAGCAUUGUGAUAGUCUGACUGAUAACGCGAUGCAAAUCUUAAUGCACGGCAUUGAACCAGAAAGAGACCUCCUAACCGACAGACCCAUGGUCCCACCAAGGAGAUUGAGACACCUGGAUAUUUCCAAGUGCCGACAUUUGACAGACAAGGGUGUUCAAGCGAUGGCUUAUAAUGUUCCAUAUCUGGAGGGGUUCCGCCUGUGCCAGAAUACCCCCCUGACUGAUGAUGCAUUGGAGGAACUACUGCAGACCACCGAUCGCCUCACCCACCUCGAAGUGGAGGAGCUUGAGAAUCUGACAAAUGCCACUCUAAUCACCCUAUCCAAGUCCAAGGCCGCAAAGACGCUCGAGCACCUCAGUAUCUCUUAUUGUGAGCAGAUGGGCGACAUUGGAGUUCUCCCGCUGUUGAAGGCCUGCUCCAAUAUCCAGUCUUUGUACUUGGACAAUACUAGAAUCUCCGACCUGGUACUUAUGGAGGCUUCCGAGCAAGUUCGUCAGCGUGGAAGUACGACGAAAAAGUCGGACGUGCCAAAGAAGGGGCUCGAACUCGUUGCUUUCGACUGCGCCAAUGUCACAUGGGCUGGUGUUAGGGAGAUCCUUCAAGGGAAUGGCCGAGUCAUGCAAGGCCGCCGAAAAUCGGUGUACCAAACUCAAACUUUCAUGGGAGAAAAUGGUCAACGAGAGGAAUCCAAACGAAUCAUCGAAAUCCAGACCCUAUUGUAUCCUACGGAAGUCAUCCAUCUCAAAGCCUUCUAUGGCUGGCAACAAACAGUCGAGGAACACUACAAACGAUGCACGACUGGUAGAUGGGGCGCCGCAGCUCGCUUGGAAUCAAAAUGGGCCGAGUGGAUGGUUGCUAGUGAAGAAGUGGGUGGUCUUGGUCAUGGCUGGAGCUCUAGACGGAGACGACGCAGAGCCAGAGACGCUGAGACCAGGGUUCGAGAUGACGAGGAUGGCAAUGUCCAAGACACUGGCACUGGCGAUGAUGAUGGCAGCGGAAUGGAAUAUAUCACAGGCAGGAUGCCUCGCGGAGGUCGCAGACGAGCUCGGAGUGGUGGUUGUUCGGUGAUGUAG